AUGGAAAUCACACAAGCAGAUCGCUCCGUGAUUUGGAAAGCAUUAUGUCAGCCUAGUCUCAAAGUACAGGAAUCCUUCUCUAGCUUGCAAUCUGGUUCAUUCGAUGCAAUCAUCGAUAAAAAUCAUGGAUCAAAUCCAUUAUUAGCCCGUAUAUUGAAAGCAUAUAGCGCAUAUGAUCCUGAGGUGGGCUAUCAAUCUAGUCUCGCUAGCGUAGUUACACCCCUCUUGGCUAUUGGAAUGCCAGAAAAUCAAGUCUUUAGCAUGUUUGUCAGAUUGAUGGAGACAUAUGAUAUGCGACAAUUAUACCUGGAUGGACUUCCAUUAUUAUUACAGCAGUUUAAAUCGCUAUUUACAUGUACAUGUGCACAUUUGGAAUCACAUUUUUCCAAACUGUCUAUCCAACCAUCCAUGUAUGCAUCACAGUGGUUCCUUACAUUAUUCAAUAUGCCGCAUGCUGUGCGCUUGUACGACUUGGUCUGGUUACAGGGAGCGGUUCAAACUAUGCUCCGUACCUCAAUCUGGAUUCUACAAACCCAUCAAGCUCAUCUCUUAUCUCUGACCCAAACAGGAGACAUACUUGAUUUUCUGUCCAAUGUCCAGUUUAAAGAUAUUCAAUGGUAUGACGUCCUGGCCAUCAAUAUCUCGCAAAUCAAUGCGGAAAACAAGCUGCAGGAUUUACUUAGUCGGCUCGAAAAGGAAAAUGCAACCUUAACAAGAGAGAACAUGAAUUUAAGAAUGCAAGAAUUAGAUCAAGAUGCUGCUCAAUUGAAACUAUUGAAACGUACUGCUGCACUUGAAAAAAAAGUUAAAAAGUACAAGAUUAAGUUGGCUAACUCUGUGGCGGAGGUCAAGACAAAUCCUUAUGUGGGCGUGCCCAAAACUCGACGUGAAGAUCAGUUUAACCACUUUGUUGCUUCCUUGCGUGACUCAGGUGAUUUUGGUGCUCUAAUCGCUGGUGCUUUGGUUCCUGUUGUGCAUCAAGAAGAACCAGUAUCAUCCGAACAAGUCACAGAUCAACAAGAGAAAUUGGAUGCUGCUUUACAAAACGUCACUUCAGAAUUAGUAGCCGUUAAACUAGACCAUUUCAAUACAUGUCAACAGUACGAAAGUCUAAUGGCUCACUGUCAAGCGCUGACCAGUCAAGUGAAUAGCAUGCAAGAGGCCCAAACCGCUCUUUGUCAAAAAGUCGUGUAUUUAGAAUCAGAAUUAGAAGAUGUGGUGACCGAACGAGACCAAAUCUAUGCAGACCAAGAGCAAGUACUCUCCAUGGCCAUGGUGUCUAAAAAGACAUGUGCUGAACUACAGCUUGAAAAAUUAAAUCUAGCCAAACAAGUAGAACGACUCGAGUUUAGUCUGGUAGAUCUUCAACAAGAAAAGCAAGCGUUCUUUAUGCCUCGUGGCACCUUCUCAGAAGAAGUGUUUGCUGCACAUACCAUCUUAUUUGGUCAGCAAAAGGCCGACCGACGUCAUCAAGAGCAAGAAGAUGAAUACAAGACCAAAUACGUUGAAAGCGAAUUACGUUGUCGUGAGCUUGAGAAAUAUUUAGCUGAAAGUAAGGUGAGAUUAGCUGAAUUUGAAUGUUCAAGUACCCCUCGAGGCUCUCUGCAACAACCACGUCGAACUGCAUCCAAUAAACGUAGCUCUACUGCAUCCUUAUCCAUGCUAGCAAAUAGAACGACAACACCUACUCUCUCACGUGAGAGAAGAGAGUCUACCGAAAGUUAUGCUUCUUCUACUACCUCGUUGACUUCUUUAAACAGUAGCAAUUAUAACAGUAAACGCUCUAGCAUGUAUUCAAGGAUAUGGAAUGCUUUUGGAUCUCCCCCUGCUACCCCUACAACCAUGGUCAAAAACUCCAUCAUCAUGUGUGAAGAACCACAAAUUAUUUAA